AUGUCCACCACCCAGGCUCAGGGACAGACGUCCACCAUACCAGCGUCAUCGUCAUUGCGAUCAGACCACCGAUUGCUCGCUGCAUACAAUCAACCACAACAACAAACAGCCAUGUCCUCAACAGCUGGGCCGUCACGGUCCACCUCUGCUAUCCAUGGCACUGGAUCUGGCAUCAGGUCGCAGGGGCCCGGCAGCAACGCACCGACAAGCACAAUGUCGAGCACCGCUGGCGACGCCCCAUCCUCGGAAUCGGGCGGACCAGACUUCGGCGUGCUGAAGGAGUUAGGCAAGGCCGCGCUCGUCGAGGUUCUGAACGACAUUCCGGGCGCCAAGACGCUCGUCCUCGACUCUGCUUUAGCGGGUCCGCUCGGUCUGGUCGUGGACGUGGCUUCUCUGAAGAUGUUCUGGCUCGAGCCAGGCCCACUAUCAGCGCCGACGAGAAAUGUGGUCUACCUGACCCGACCGCGGCGAUCGCAUAUAUUGCUUAUCGCACAGCAGGUGCGCGCGAACCCGGGACUGAAUUACCACGUCCUCUGCGUGCCGCGGAGCACGGAACUCGUCCGCCGCGUCCUCGAGGACGAGGGGGUCAGCGGGGACGUCGAGCUGGGGCAGUUCAAGCUCGAGCUGAUCCCCGUCGAGACAGAUGUGCUGAGCAUGGAGCUGGACGAUGUGGCGCGGGACAUCUUCAUGCGCGGCGACGAGACGCCCAUCUUCUACUCGGCCCUGGCGCUGAGCACGCUGCAGAGGGCAGUUGGACGGAUUGACCGAGUCAUCGCGAAAGGCGACGCGGCCAAGCUCGCGGGCCUCAUUGAGAAGCACCGACCGGCCGUCGAGCCCUCCGACAGCAUCGACAGCAUCGUCAUCAUCGACCGUGCCGUCGACUGGGUCACGCCCAUGUGCACGCAGCUGACGUACGAGGGGAUGCUCGAUGAGUUUGUGGGAAUAAGCCACUCUCACAUCGAGGUCGACUCGCAGCUCCUAGACCCAGAUGCGCCCGCAAAGAAACGGAAACACCACCUCUCCUCCGCGGACCCAGUGUACGCUUCUAUUCGGGACCUCAACUUUGCCCUAGUGGGGCAACACCUGAGCCGCCUCGCACGCAGGCUCGAGGGCGAGUACGGCGGGGUGAAGAACCUGCAGUCCGUGUCGCAAAUGAAGGACUUUGUCGGCCGCAUCGGCGGCCUGCAGAGUGAGCAGCAAGCCCUGCGUCUGCACACGGCGCUGGCCGAGCGUCUCCUGCCCAUAACGCGGAGCGACAACUUCAACAAGAGUCUCGAGGCGCAGCAAAAUCUGCUGGCGGGGUACGACGCGCCAGCGCAAUGGGGACUAGUCGAGGACUUGCUCGCCGAGCAAGCCCCCCUGAUGUCCGUCCUGCGUGCCGCUGUGCUGUACUCCCUCACGAACGGGGGCGUCAAGCCCAAGCCCCUGGAGGCGUUCAAGCGCGACCUCCUCCAGACCUAUGGGUAUCAGCACCUUAGUCUGCUCGUGGCUCUGGGGCGGCUGGGUCUGCUGGCCAAAACGCCAGCGGGUAGUGCGGCGAGUUUCGGGUCAGCGCGGAAGAAUCUGAGACUGCUCGUCGAGGACGUGGACGACGCAGCGCCACAGGACAUCGCGUACGUGUACUCUGGGUAUGCGCCUUUGUCUGUGCGUCUGGUGCAGGUCGCGGCGCAGCGGAGUGCCCUCUCAGAGUCCCGCGAAAAAGAAGGAUGGUUCGCCGCCACUACCCAGCCCCAGGCCCGCACGGGUGUGUCGCGCGACGUCGUUCGGAUGGAGGGGAAAAGACCCCCGACGGGAUGGAGGGGGAUGGAAGAUGUCGUCAACUCCAUUCCGGGGAAUAGUUAUGACAAGGGUCCCUCUGGCAGUCAGGCCCGGAGCACAGGCACGACGCUCGUCUUCUUCCUCGGCGGGUGCACGAGUACGGAGAUCUCGGCCCUGCGGUGGAUGUCCAAGCUGGGCGGGCGGCGGUUCGUCGUCGCCACAACGGGGGUGGUGAAUGGCUCGACGAUGCUCGAGAGUUUCGGGGACCCGAAGCCGGUGCCUCUCAACUAA